CUCCACCUGACAACGUGCCAACGAAUGCUGCGGAACCAAUUCCUGAUGCGCCUGAAGCUCCAUUGACAGCAGAGGAAUCAGCCACAGAAGCAGAGUCCGGGGAGCAGUCCAUGCCAACCGCUUCCGAAGUGGAGCCCGACGAGGGUACGGUUCCCAUGCUGGUGGAAGAGUCCACAUCUGCACCCUCACAACACCCUGAGACCAUAGAGACUAUACCGGACGAGGCUACAGAGGCACCGGCCACUGAGAUCACACCUGCUGCAGAGCUAGAUCCACCUAUGGGGGAAGAGCAGGAAUCUGGGUCGCCAGCGGAUACUACCGAGGCCGUGGAGUCAGAGAUUGCCGGGCAAAGCGCUGAAGACAUGCAUCAUACUCCAGCAGAAGAUGAAGAGUCAUCGGUUAUUUGGGUUGGAGACGCGCACGACCCAGAACCCGAUGCAGAGCAGCAAAAUACUCCGGAGGAACAGCAGCCCCUCCAACUAGACGAAGAGUCCACACCCCAGCCAGACCCUGUUCCAACUCAAGAUUCUAUUGAACCAGCAGACACGCCGGUUGAAGACACACUCUCGCCACAAGAAUCUACAGCAGAGCUAGCGCCUGAAGCAGAACCUGAAGUAAUUACUACCACCGCGGAAGAAGCUAUCGAACCGAUAGACCAGAUGGAUGGCGGUCUUAAUGCGAACGGAGCUGAGCAAGAUUUGGCGGAGAAAGUCGAGGUACCAGAGGCACCAGAGAUAAUGGAAGCACCUGAAGUACCAGAGGCGCCGGAAGUGCCAGAGGCACCCGAAGCUCCAGACACACCCACAGUACCAGAAGCUUCAGAGACUGCAGAGGCUCCAGAGGCACCUGAAGUGCCAGAAUUACCAGAGGUACCUGAAGCUCCCGAAGCUACCGAAGGGCCGGAAGCACCAGAGGUAUCGCAACCGCCAGAAGCUGUCGAAGCGCCAGAAGUACCAGACGCACCCGAAGCACCAGGGGUAUCAGAGGAACCAGAAGUCCUAGAAGCGCCAGAGGCUCCCGAAGUACCUGAGGUACCAGAAGCGCCUGAAGUACCAGAAGCACCGGAAGUACCAGAAGCAUCGGAAGUACCAGAAGCACCGGAAGUACCAGAAGCGCCAGAAGCGCCAGAGGCCCCCGCUGCACCUCUGGCUCCAUCAGUGGUGUCAGCUGGCAGUGAUGAGGACGACAUCAUCGAAGCUUUUACGGUCGAGGAUCUAUCAGCACCAGAACCAGAGCCUGAGGCCGUUCCAAUAGCAGUCGAACGGUCGGUGGACGUCGGGCUACCAGAUGCGCCUGUCGAAAGAACAUCAGCAUCAGAAGCCCCUGAGACAAUCACACAGCCUGAGUCUAUUCCCGAGACUUCGUCUACAGAUGCCCACAUUGAGCCGAUAGAAGAGCUCGUCGUAGCUGCCCAAGACGAAGUACCAAGACAGCAUGCCGACCGAGAGCAAGAGCGGCUUGAGGCCGAAGCAGCGGCCGCGGCUGAGGCUCAAGAAUCUGCCUCGCUAGCGCAGGCCGCCCAAUCCCAGGAAGACGCACAGCGAGAAGAACUGAAGAGAUUGGAGCAAGAAGCAAUCGAGCACGAGAGGUUAGCGAAGGAGGCCGAGGCCAACAGACUACUGGAGGAGCGACGCGCAAGAGAGGCCCAAGAAGAGCUGGAAGCUGCCGAAGCCGUGAAACGGGCUCUGGAAACCAUGAGAGCCAAGAAGGAAGAGCAGCAUAAGGAGACCGAGAGGCUCGAACAAGAGCGACUGGCCCGUGAAAGGCUCGAGCAAGAGAAGUUAGAGCAGAUUGUCGAAGCGAGGAAGCUUCUGGCAUUAAUGGAAGAAGAACGGAGGGCUGCAGAGAUCCAAGAAGAGGCCGAAGCCGUUGCAGUCGCCGAAAAGGCUCGGAAAGAGAAGGAAGAGGUCGAAGCUGCAGCUGCUGCCGAACGUGCUCGACAAGAGAAGGAAGAACUCCGGCAGGAACAAUUACGACGUGAGAGAGCCGAAGAGGCUCGAAUUGCUAGGAAAGCCCGAGCAGCUGCGGAUGUCCUUGCGGAAGAGCAGAGAGAGGAAGCAGAACGGUUGGAACGGCUGGCCCAGGACGAGUCACGUGAGCAAGCCGAGAUACCCUUCAUCGCACGUCGAUCCAUGAUCGAAUCAGCACGUGCUCCGUCACCUCCUUCGGGAGUACCUGACAUGCACGAUCGUUCUCCAGUCUCUGAUCGACCAUUUCGAUCGUAUCGAUCUUUUGCGCCACAUGCACCGAAGCUUAGAACACACGAAGCGGGUCCAAACCAUGCACCGAAGCCUUAUGCUGUGGCACAGCUCAUUGAGGAUAACAGACCUGCGGCCCCAAGCCCGCCAAUGAGUAAAGCUCGACCAAGGUAUGUGAAUUCCAUUUCUCAGUCCGGUGAGGUAGUCGCUCGGCGCUUCUUCGGCGACCGUCAACCACGACGCCGGACCCAAAGCGAACAUGCUCGAGAUACAUAA